AUGGCCGACCUUAACUCUCCGAGCAUGAUGCUCUGCGUCGAUGAUAUCAAGCAGGCAGCGUCCAAGAAAUUGCCUCAGAAAAUCAAGGACUUCUAUAAUUCCGGCUCCACCCACCAAAUCACCGUCGCCGAGAACUCCACGGCCUACAACAAAUACCGACUGCGCCCGCGUGUUCUAGUCGACGUCUCCCCAAUCGACACCACAACCACCGUCCUGGACCAACGCAUCGACUUCCCGCUAGGGGUCGCCCCAACCGGCCUCCAAGCGAUGGCGCACCCCUCGGGCGAGCUCGCGACCAGCCGCGCCUGCGCACGCCGUCACGUCCCGAUGGGUGUAUCCACCUUCUGCAACCACGCGGUCGAAGACGUCACGCAGGCUGCACGAGCGACCGGAUUCCCGCCCAUCAGCCACGCCAUGCAGCUGUACUCGAUGCGUGACCGCGCGCACCAAGAGCGCAUCAUCCGGCGGGCUGAAGCAGCCGGAUGUAAGGCGAUCUUCCUGACGGCAGACAGCCCCGUGCUUGGCGUGCGGUACUCGGAGCUACGCAACGGCUUUCGCACACCGGCGGACCUCGCGCUGCCGAUGCUGGAGCAGACGUGGGGCCAAGACCCGGCGCAGACGCACGUGGCGGGGUUCGCGGCGUUCAACGAGGAUGCGCAUUCGUGGGCGCGCGAGAUCCCGUGGUUGCGGUCUGUGACGAAGUUGCAGAUCUGGAUCAAGGGGGUGUUGACGGCAGAGGAUGUGGCCCUGGCGCGGGAGUACGGGGUUGAUGGGGUGGUGGUGAGUAACCAUGGAGGACGACAGUUGGAUGACACGCCGGCGACGAUUGAUGUGCUGCCUGAGUGUGUUCGGGCGGCGGCGGGGAAGAUCCCCGUGCAUAUCGAUGGGGGGAUUCGGACGGGAACGGAUAUCUUCAAGGCGUUGGCGUUGGGGGCGCAGUGUUGUUGGAUUGGACGGCCAACGCCGUGGGGGCUGGCGUACGACGGGGAGAAUGGCGUGUCCAAGGUACUGGACAUCCUGUACGACGAGUUCAAACGAUGCAUGCAGCUGACGGGUUGUGUUACUGUUGCUGAUAUUACUCCAGCCUGCCUAGGAGUGGUGAGGUCGGAUGGACCAAUGGCACGGCUGUAG